UUCUAAUGAUGCUAAAGUGACCCCAGAGUGGAGAGACUGUGUGUGUCUUCUCCUCCUCAAUGGAGCGUUUUUGGAAAUGGUACUAACUUCCUCCUUGUAGCAUUGCGGAUAUAACCUCCAUUCUUCCACUUUGCACCCAUGAACUCCCUGCGUCCCAGACAAUGAAGACAACUCGCAAAUGCAGGACUCUUCUGUCGGUGGGCCUGAACUUCUUCGCCUUGUUCUUCUCCAUCACGGCUUUCAUCACCACCUACUGGUGUGUUGGGACGCAGAGGGUACCCAAGCCCAAGUGCAGCAAGCUGCGGACCCACCAGUGCAUCGACUACGGCGUCAACGAGACGGACCCCAACAAGGUGGUUUACAGCUGGGAGACCGGGGACGACCGCUUCCUCUUCCGCCAGUUCCACACCGGCAUCUGGUUUUCUUGUGAGGAGAAUAUCCACGAUGAAAGUGAGAGAUGCAGAAGCUUCAUCGACUUGGCUCCUGCGUCAGAGAAAGGGAUGCUGUGGCUGUCGCUGGUGUCUGAGAUGCUCUACAUAGUUUUACUGGUGGUGGGCUUCAGCCUCAUGUGUUUGGAGCUCGUCCACUCCAGCAACGUCAUCGACGGACUCAAGCUCAACGCCUUCGCCGCGGUCUUCACCGUGCUCUCAGGUCUCCUGGGCAUGGUGGCUCAUGUGAUGUACACACAGGUCUUCCAGGUCACCGUCAGUCUGGGCCCCCCUGACUGGAGGCCCUACAACUGGGACUACGGCUGGUCCUUCUGCAUGGCCUGGGCGUCCUUCACCUGCUGCAUGGGCGCGUCGGUCACCACGCUCAACUCCUACACCAAGACCGUCAUCGAGUUCAGGCACAAACGCAAGACUUUCGAGCAGAGCAUUCGGGAGGAGCACGCAAGGGAGGCUUUCGAAUAUUUCAGAGAACCCUCUGUACACUCCAUCUCCAAAUCUGUGGAGGUUUAUUCCAGCCAGACGCUGAAGAGUGGCAGGAUAACUCCCAUACCGGCGGACUCCUUAGACCUGAGUGACAUUCGAGGCUCUCUAGGGGAAGAACAGUGCUGAGAGGGGGGGGGGGUCGGUGGUCUACAAGCCUGACAAGCACUUCAGCCCGCACUGGUAACUCCACGGGAAACAUUUCAACUCUGCCUUAAUUGAAUCUUGCCCCAGCGGGUGUGAGUUGUGAAUGACGUAGAUUUGAAAGAAAGUAAAUUCCCAUUAUUGCAGUGAAGGUCUCUUGGAUGCUUCUCGCCUUAUUGAACAGGUUUUAUAAAAUGCAAAUGACUGUCUAACCGUAAAGGGAGAGAAAAUGCUUUUCAACUUGCAAAUAAAGCCACAAAAGCGUGCAGCUAAUCUUGUGCCUACAGACAAAGUUGUGACGUAAGUAAGCAGUGGAUUGUAAGUGUGUGUGUGUGUGUGGUUUUUUUGUUGUUUUUUUUAACAGGUUGUUGUAGGAAAUGAUGUGUAAUUUACCAUCUGGGUGUUUGCAAGGACAAACGCUCACUCGUGUAACCCCCACACGGGCAAACGCAUCGCAUGCCCUUGUGAAGGAUGCCAGAAUGUGUCGUCUUGCACUUUGUGAAGGAUUUACAUUUUUUUUCUCAUUUUUAUGUUUGAUGUUUUCUGCUUCAAUUUGAAGGCAAUAAAUCCCAAGUUGACCAAAUGUGUCAUUUUCAAAUUGGUUUGACCAAAAGGCCUUGCGGUGAUUUGACAUUGCACCCAUAGAGGGCGGUGUUGUGUCAUGAAACAAAAAAAAUGGGCAGAAACCUUUGCUGUGAAGUACCCGUCGUCAGUCAGGUUUAUUAGAGCAAGAGUGUCCUAACUUUUUCCGUUGAGGGUCGCAUACAGAAAGGAUGCGGGGCCACUUUUGUACAGUUUGUGCAUUAAAACCAAUCCAAAGUACACACCCGGUGAAUACUUGUAGAACACUCCAAUUUCUCUGGCAGAAAAAGCUACCGGUACAUUUUGAAGUGUUGAGAUGGAAUUCCCCUUUUUUUCUUGCCAUUUUUGGAGCAACAAAUGACUUUCUGCAGUACAGUGCUGUUCAACUGAUGUUCACAAGGGUAUGGUACCUGCAGCACCUGAAGUCACAUUCAUGGCAACAAAUAUUUACUUAUUCAUUUGUGAGCUUCAGUUUAACAAUGCUAUUAAAAACAUGCACUUCCGCCAUCUAGCGGCUGUUUUUAUGGCAUUUCAAUUGCCCUGAAGUCUAAUCCUUUGAUAAGGAGUUGCAUCAGCACCUCGUUUAGCCUCUCGCGCAAAAAAAGACAUAUAAUUAUGUUGUUGGGAUCGAACAUACAUUUAGAGACUUAGUGAAUUCUAAAAUUGUUGGUCUUGCUUAAAAAUGCAUGCAUUUAGUUGUAUUCAAUGUUAAAAAAAGAUAUGAUAUGGCUCUCACAGAAAUGCAUUUUAACAUAUGUGGCUCUCUCUGCCAAAAAGGUUCCCGACCCCUGGCAUAUAUAUUUGUCAUAUCAUUUUUUUUUAAUGAAAAUAUACUAAUAGGGUAUAUGAAGGUUUUUUGACAUGAAGUUGUAUGACAUCCUCAGAUUUCAGUGAUGAAGAAUGUAGUUCCAGGUAGUCGCUGGGGUUACUCAAGUAAGGUGUUCGGCUUCUCAAAACAGUAUGCGUUCGAAAGAGUACUACAUUUGAGCACAAAAAUGCCUCCUCGAAAAAAUCAGACAUCACCGAUCGCUGACGUGUGUUUACGUGUGUGUGUGUUCCACAGCGAAAUCACCGAAAUCCGGGGACCCAGGGCUUAGGGGACCAGUUGUGGUUGGGGGAGUCUCUGUUGAUUUGGGACACUGCUGAUGGGGAUGUCACACAACUUCAUGUCAAAAAAUCCCAACUAUCCCUUUAAAGUGAAACUGCACUCUCAAAUAAAUACUGUAGAUGUUUCUAGUUUGUGCAAAUUAGUUUUGUCCUGCAGUUUUGUUGGAAAAAGUAGAAGUAGAAGUCAAGAUGCUGAAUCGGCUCAUCUUAAUAAGACCCUCAGUCUCGCUGUUUUCAGUAUUGAUUCCUUGCAAAGUCUGAGUUCAGUAGCCAUCGUCAAACUCAUUCUGGGCCUGCUGCCGGGCUAACAUUGCCUGGAUGAGAGCGCUGGAGCUGGCAGGAGGUGGGUUUUCAUGAGGAGCAGUGCUGCCCCAAUGGAGACUCUCCUCACUCUCUGCUUUCCGUCUUGCUUGCAUGACUUGCAUCAUAGCGUAAGAGUAGGAAGAUGGCAAGUCCUCUCCUUCGUGCUCUGCAUCUUCUUCUCUUUGUCUUGCCUGCAUUGCCUGCAUCACAGCCAAGGAUGUGUUGAGAGGGGGUUCAGGAAACUCUGCUGUACUGUAGUUGACAUCCCUUUCAUUGUCCUCAUCCAUGUGCCUGGCAAGAAUCCCCGGAAUGAAGGACGACUGGCGCAUCGGGUAAAGCUCUCUUCUGUCUUGAUCCUCAGCUCUCCGAUUGGCCAGUGUGGCAUCAGAACGGAAGAUAUCCGAGGGAACGGGGGCUCCACCGGGGCUGCGUCUCUCCUCUCCUUCCUCAAGCCGUUGGUGAAGGAUUAAAGCCUGAACCAUGGCAUUGGAGUUGGACUGAGUGC